AUGACAACUAGUCCAAUCUAUGCAUCCAUUGGCAGCUUGAUUAUAGAUGACAUAAUCUACGAAGAUGGAUCAAAGGAAACAAAUGUUCUUGGUGGAGCUGGUGUAUUCGCUGUAUAUGGAAUGAGAUGUUGGCAUAGUCCACCUGAUUCUAAAAAGAUAGCCUAUGCUGUUCAGAGGGGGCACGAUCACCCUGCUAAUAUUGAUAAGCAACUUGACGAAUUAAAUCUAUCUCUUGUGUCAUAUACUCACAAAGACAAGUGCACUACGCGUGGCCUAAAUACAUUUGGUGCAAAUGAUCAUCGAGAUUUUGAAUACAUACAUCCAAUCAUUCGCUCAACCCCAGGAGAUUUCCCUCUAGAGUGGAUAAAAUCUAUUCGAAUUUUGCACAUCAUUGCUUCAACUGAGCGGGCACUAGAGAUCACGGAUGAGUGGCGUAAAAGAGAGGAGAGUUUACAAAAGUCUAUUCCCACCCAAUUCCUCUGGGAACCAUUGCCCUGGGCGUGUCUUCCAAAGGAUCUACCAGGAAUUAAGAAUGCUGCUCAGAGAGUGGCUAUACUGACUCCGAAUCAUGAAGAAGCUGCUGGGAUGCUCGGUUUGGAUCUACAUGAAAUGCUAAAGAAAAAUGAUAUCAAAUCUGUCGUAGAAGACAUUGCUCAUCAACUGUACGAAGCUAUGCGGUGUUCUAGAAAACAAUCAGAACUCGUACUGGUUGUCAGAGCUAGUAAAUAUGGAACCGUCUCUCUUUCGGACAAGCAUCCCUUGACCUGGACACCUGCUUACUGGGACUACCGUAAUCCCUCUGAUUCUUCUCAUGUUCGGGAUGUAACAGGAGCCGGGAAUGGGUUUUGCGGAGGCUAUGCUGUUGGGUGGGUCGAUACAGAUGGAGAUCUGGUAAAAGCAAGUCUCUAUGGAACAGUUUCUGCUAGUUAUAUGGUUGAACAAGUGGGUGUGCCUUUACAUCGUACUAUUGGUGAAAAAGAGCAGUGGAAUGAGGGACCAACCCCUCAAGAAAGACUUUCUCUCCUUGAAAAGCGGGCACAUGAAUAUAAUAAAACAAAACAAUAG